AUGGAUCUGACCGAGCCGGGGAAGAAAUUAUUCGGGAAGGAUAAAUUGGCGGGAUUUCCAUAUUACGACGAUAACCCCGCACUUUAUGCCGCCCACCUGAAGAAACACCACGCCUUCAAGGUCAACGGAUGCGAUGCAGUAUUAGGAUACAUACUCAACUCGGUAGUGGCCAAGUUCAACUGGCCCACCGAACACUGGGCGGUUGACUCCACGAGGCAAACCGUCACGCUGACUACUGCGGCCGAUGCAACCCCAGAGCAACGCAGCGCGGUAAUUGCAGCGACCCUUGAAGCUGAGGCAAAGCGAGGAACCUUUGAGGUUCUGAAGGGAUGGCGGAAUGAAUUGUACGCCGUCUAUGCACCGGGGGGUAAAUUCCUGCUCGGCAUGGAACGGUGUGCCACCCCAUUGUUCGGCGUUGUAUCUUAUGGUGUGCAUGGCACCUGUUAUGUAGAAGACGAGCAAGGUCUGCACCUUUGGGUGCCACGACGGUCGAAAACCAAGCAGACAUACCCCGGAAUGCUCGAUAAUUCUGUGGCCGGUGGAAUGAGCACCACCGAACGACCCUUCGAAUGUUUUGUUCGCGAAGCGAGUGAAGAGGCGUCACUGCCCGAAGACAUUGUCAAGGCUACUACGAAAUCAGUAGGCUGCAUUUCGUAUUUCUAUGUCCGGGACUCCCGGGCCGGAGGUGAAACCGAUCUACUACAGCCGGAGGUGGAAUAUAUUUACGACAUGAAGCUUAGUCGGGAUAUUGUUCCCAAACCCAGUGACAACGAAGUGGAGGAAUUCAAGCUGUAUACCGUUGAAGAAACAAAGAGGGCACUGGCGAAUGGGGAGUUUAAACCCAACUGUGCCAUCGUCCUCAUUGAUUUCUUUAUCAGGCACGGCAUCUUGACCCCCGAGAACGAACCCGACUAUUUUGAAAUCCUCACGAGGAUGCACCGCCGGUUUGAAUUCCCAACGGCGUCGCAUUUCGCAAACUGA